AUGGGAAUUCGAGCCAACAAGAUCUUCAUUAUAUUACUGAUGGAGUUUUGGGACCCAAGCACUGUGACCUUUAAGUUCUUGGAUUUUGAAAUCACUCCAACACUAGAGGAAUUUAGUGUUUUUCUUGAAUUACCAAUAAGAGGAAGAACACCAAUAUGUCCAUCAACCAUAAGUACAGAAGGUUUCCUUGAGUUGUUAGGGCUGCGUAUCUUGCCAUCACUAAGGCGUGCAGAAAAUGGGAAGGUAAAGUUGGACUAUCUUUUCCAAAGAUUUGGUCGUCUCGAGAGCUUCGAUAAGCACCGAGAUGAAUUUGCAUGCACUCGUAGACAAUGGAUGCAUAUGAGACCAAGGGUAUUUGUGAUGGCCUUUUUGGGGGCUAUGGUCUUCCCAAUGAGGUUUCAUUCGAUAAAUAUCAACAUUCUGCCAAUUGUAAUGGAACUUUUUGCGGUACCGCAUAACUAUUCCUUGGUGCAUAUAAUUCUCGCUGAAGUAUUUCGAUCAUUGUCAGCAUGCACAAGGGGGCAUAACUUCUUUGGGGGCUGUAAUUUAUUAUUACAGAUCUGGGCAAUAGAGCACUUCUAUCACCGAGAACCACAAAGGGACUACACAAUAGACGCCCACAAUUUGAUCCAAAGCCACAAUGAUCGUCUCAGGUAUUGGGAAGCACCUAUGGGAGAGGAAGAGUGGCGUCCGUUUUUGACCAACCUCACAGGAGAUUCCAUCCACUGGAAGUAUUUUUGGAUGAGAGGAUCGGUUUUUGUCAGGACGCAACACUUCUAUUUCAUUAAUCUGGUUGGGCUAGGAGGUAUUCAGCCAUAUGCUCCUCUCCGAGUGUUACGACAAUUCGGAGUUGUCCAAGACAUACCAUUAUGGGCAAAUAUGGCACUACACGAGGAUGAUCUCACUUCGGUCCCAGCAGGGCGUAUAAGGAAUUUGCAAUUAGAUUGGGAUCACAUUAUUACGAUAGAGGCAGGAAAUGAAAAAUGGUGCACGCCAGAAUAUUAUGUGUGGCGUACCACUAUGAGACAUUUGGCUCGGCCAAGUACGAAGGGGAUUGUGGGUGUUGCGGACAACCAAUGGAUUAAUUGGGUUAAGCAGGGAGUACUCCCUCAUAUUGAAUUCACAACACCAAUGUACAAUCAAAUAAUUCCAGGAUCAGUAGAUCAUUUGAUACCAAUGAUCGAAGAAGAUCCAGAGGAAGACCCUGAAGAGGAUCCAAGUGAAGAUCCUGAGGAUCCAGAAGAGGACCCAGAGGAAGAAGCUCACUCUGAGUAUGGUUCGAUAGGGUUCGAUGAAGAGGUAGGAUCGAACCAGAUUGACGAACUGUCGGAGUACUAUCCAGGGCCCUAUUAUGAUUAUGAUGAUGAUGACGACGCUCCAACAUGGCCUUAG